AUGGCGGCAUCGAAGAGGCCAACAGAAAGGAGGGCCUCGAGGUGCACCCCUGUGACGGCGCGGGCCACGCUUGUGUUCGACAUCGUCGGGUACAGCCUGCAUAAGGGCAUGGGCAUCGGCAAAUUCAUCCGGUCCACCACCGUCUCUGUUGGCGGGUACGAAUGGUGCAUCCGCUACUACCCAGACGGGGCAGACACACACGCCAACAGCCAGGGCCACGUCUCAGUCUACCUGGAGCUCCUGAGCAAGGGUGCCAAGGUAAGGGCGCUCUACGACUUGAGGCUGGUCAACCACACCACUGGGCUGUCGUCAUCGGUUUUCUCAGUCUUGAAGUCCCCAAUGGUGUUCGAUUCCCUCAGCACCAGUGGGACCAGUUAUAGUUGGGGUCUUCCAUAUUUUAAGAAGAAGAGUGAGCUAGAGAAGUCGGAUUACCUGCGGGAUGACCGUCUUGUAAUUGAGUGCGAUCUAACUGUCAUCAAGGAACCACUUGUUGCGGACACUGCGAUAACAGCUGAGGUCCAGAUGCCACCCUCAGACUUGGCGGAAAAUUUUGGAAAACUGCUAGAGGCGGCCGAGGAAGCAGAUGUGGCAUUCGAGGUUGAAGGUGAGAUUUUUCCUGCACAUAAGAUUGUGCUCGCAAUACGGUCUCCAGUCUUCAAGGCAGAGCUGUAUGGACCGAUGAGAGGCAAGUGGAGCCAGAACAUAACCGUCGAAGAAAUGCAGCCUGCUUGUUUCAAGGCAUUGCUUCACUUUAUCUACACAGAUUCAUUGCCUUCCAUGGAUAACUUUGAUGAUGAUGAGAAAAAGGAAAUGGCCAGGCACUUACUAGUGGCUGCAGAUCGGUAUGCAAUGGAAAGGAUGAAGAUGAUGUGUGAAGACAUUCUUUGCAAAACUCUUGAUGUUCAGACUGUGGCGACCACGUUAGCUCUCGCAGACCAACAUCACUGCAGCAGGUUAAAAGAUGCUUGUGCUGAAUUUAUCAUGUCUUCCAAUAGAUUGGAUAAUGUGUUGGCAAGCCAGGGAUAUGUGCACCUGAAGAAAUCAAGCCCUGCUGUCUCAGUAAAUAUCUUGGAGAGAGUUAUGAAGCUUCUCAAAUUUUAG